AUGUCAAUUAGCGAUUCAUCUGUAAUAUACAAAAAUAAGGAGGUGCUUGAACAUGAAAUUUCGGAACUGAAUUCAAUGAUUUCGGAAUUCGAGCAGGUUUUGCAGGUACUUAAAAGACUCCCAAAUAAGGUGCAACACGAAAUUAUGGUUCCUUUGGGGCCACUAGCAUUUUCUUCAGGGUAUAUUAUAAACACAAACAAAGUUCUCAUGCAUUUAGGUUCAGAUUUAUAUGCAGAAAGAACAACUUUUGAAUCACAGAAGACAAUUAAUAGAAGGCUUUCCCAAGCUAAGGACUGUUUUGAAACUAUGAAAAAGAACCUUUCUAAAAUAGAAGAAGCCCUUAAACUAAAAGACGAAUUUUCUGUAAAUAAGGACUCAUAUCUCAAAAUUGAGGCUGAAAUAAAGGAAGAAAUGACUCAAGGUGAUGAAUUUAUUAAAAAUAUUACAUUUAAAGAUGGAACAGCUGAAAUCAGAGAGGAAAUUAGCGAAGAUGUCGAUAUAUCUAAAAAUUUGAUUCCUCCACCUCUAUCUUCUGCUAUGAAUCAAAAACCUUAUAUUCCAGACUCUCAUGUAGAGGAGCAGGACUCAAAAUUGGGAGAAGAGUAUAAUGAAGAUAAUAUGGAAACCCAUAUAGAAAGUGUUCUUGAGAAGAAGGACAAUAAUGAAUUAGAUAUUUUAGAAACAGAAAUUUCGAAUUUGAAUAUUUUAAAAGAACCAAAAGUUUUCAAUGAUAAGGGAAAACCUAUUUCUAUUUUUAAGCAGAGAAUGGCAGCGAAAAAGUAA